AUGGAUGUGGCGCCUCAACAUCGCGACCAACCUCGCGUCGAUGUCCCAACUCCUGAGACAAACCCCUUUCCCGUCCUCUCAAAUCUUAAUGAUACCCACUUCCAACAUCAAUUACUCUAUCUGGCAAUGACCUGCGAUACGGUUUUCGGUCUCACCAGGGCGGCAAAUGCGCUCCACAACCUCUUGUUGGAGAACUGCGGGAUUCUCGAAGAACAGAUUAUGACUUGCGGUCGAUCCAUGGUUGAAGAAGCGACUGAAUUCGCGGACAACGACAUUUUUGAACUUGCCACUAUUGUUGCUGCUAUCCCCUCAGUCAACUUUCAACUGAACAUGGAUCUAAUUCAAGAUGCAGCACGCGCCGUCUAUGUCGCAGCAGGUCUACGCCGAGACCUGGAUGAAGCUUUGAAAAUAUGUAACUUGGCCUUGAAGAAGCAAGAGUGA